UCUUCUUCAUUCCAUCACUUUCCUCUCACUCUAAAAAAAAAUGGUUGUCCAAGUUGGUAUUAACGGUUUCGGUCGUAUUGGCCGCAUUGUCCUCCGCGCUUCGUUGCAGAACCCCAACGUCCAGGUUGUCGCCAUCAACGACCCCUUCAUUGACUUGGACUACAUGGUCUACAUGUUCAAGUACGACUCCACCCACGGUCGCUACAAGGGCACCGUUGAGCACAAGGAUGGCAAGCUCAUUGUCGACGGCAAGGAAAUUGCUGUCUACGCUGAGCGUGACCCCUCCCAAAUCCCGUGGGGCCCAUCUGGCGCUGCCUACGUCGUUGAAUCCACCGGUGUCUUCACCACCAUCGAAAAGGCCAAGGCUCACUUGGUCGGUGGUGCCAAGAAGGUCAUCAUCUCUGCCCCCUCGGCCGAUGCCCCCAUGUUCGUCUGCGGUGUCAACUUGGAUGCCUACAAGUCCGAAUACCAGAUCAUCUCCAACGCCUCGUGCACCACCAACUGCUUGGCUCCCUUGGCCAAGGUCAUUGAUGACAAGUUCAAGAUCGUUGAAGGUUUGAUGACCACUGUCCACGCCACCACUGCUACCCAGAAGACCGUCGAUGGUCCCUCUGGCAAGGACUGGCGCGCUGGCCGUGGCGCCGGUGCCAACAUCAUCCCCGCCUCUACUGGUGCCGCCAAGGCUGUCGGUAAGGUCAUUCCCCACCUCAACGGCAAGUUGACCGGUAUGUCCUUCCGUGUCCCCAACCCCGACGUUUCCGUCGUCGAUCUUACUGUCCGCAUCGAGAAGGGUGCCUCCUACGAUGAGAUCAAGCAGGCCAUCAAGGACGCCUCUGAGGGUGAGCUCAAGGGCAUUCUCGGCUACACCGAGGAUGAGGUCGUCUCCACUGACUUCUUGGGCGACACCAACUCCUCCAUCUUCGAUGCUAAGGCCGGUAUCUCCUUGAACCCCAACUUCGUCAAGCUCAUCUCCUGGUACGAUAACGAAUUCGGCUACUCGUGCCGUGUCGUUGACUUGAUCACCCACGCCGCCAAGGUCGAUGGUGCCCUCUAAAUGCAACAAACCAUUUAUGACACGCACACUUUCAUACUUACCCUAAAUCCAAUUUCCGCAAUCACCGCACAGACACCCAUGGCACAUGUGUAUCCUUUUCCCUUUAUAUCUUCUCCUUUUCCAAACUGUACAUAACAAAUGUAGCUUGAAAUAAAAAGAGUCUGAGGUGCAUACAGUCGUGUAUGUCCCGAAAGUCUUUUGUUGCAAUGUAA